ACAAGGCCUAAAGUUGCUAUAGCACAACGCGAAUACAUCAAACAUGUUGAGAAGUAUGUUGCAACAUCGAGUAAUAAGAAGUUGUCCGACGCCUUGAAGAAGAUUCGAUGGAUUUCAACCGAGGAUUUCAAGGGCAAGAAAAUGAAAAUGCAAGUUGAAAAUGUGAAUGUUGGUUACAAUGGUUGCAAUGUUGAUGAUGUUUACUUGAUUCAGUACACUUCUGGGGCAACGUGUGUGUUGACAUCCCCGAGUACAUUUGUCAAUCGUCCUAGGAUUUGGCUUGAAUUGAUAUCAGAGUUCAAGGCAACUUGCACUCCUGUUCCUUCAUUUGCUUUGCCUCUCGUGUUGAAACGUGGUCAUACUGAGGCAACGGUUACAGGAACUGUUAGCAAUCCUAUUAGUAUGUUGAGCUUGAUGAAUUUGAUCAUCGUUAACGAGCCAAUUUACAAUGAUUCUAUCGAAGAAUUUGUUGAAGUUUUUAGGCCUUUUGGGCUAAAUCCUUUGGCAAUUUCUCCUUCAUAUGGCUUAGCUGAGAAUGGCACAUUUGUUUCAACAUCAUGGAGAAGUAGUAAGUUUAACAAAUUUUCGACGUAUAAAAAGCUCUUGCCAAGUGCUAGGCUUGAUGAAGACCAAGUAGACAUUGAAAUUCUUGUUGUGAAUGAAGAUACAAAUGAGAUUGUUGAAGAUGGAAUUGAAGGUGAAAUAUGGAUUUCAUCUCCUAGCAAUGCUAUUGGAUAUUUAGCACAUCCCUCUCUAACUCAACAAGUGUUCAACGCCACGCUUAAAAACAAGGCGGGAAAAUGCUAUGUUCGAACAGGGGAUAGAGGAGUCAUCAAAGGAGAAGAGAGAUUUUUAUACGUUACAGGACGAUGUUCAGAUGCUAUUAAACUCUCAAAUGGACAAGAAAUUCAUCCACAUUAUUUGGAGACAUUAGCUUAUAAUAGUUGUCCAAAUUUCCUGAGAGGUGGUUGUGUUGCAGCAUUUGAGAUGUCUGAAUCUGAAUACACAUCUAUAGUAGCUGUUGUCGUGGAGGUACAAAGCAAAUGUGAAAUAGAGAGUGAUAUGUUUUUGAAGCAAAUAUGUGAAGGAAUAAGAAAAACAAUGUUGAAAGAAGAAGGUGUUGGUAUUGGACUUGUGGUACUUGUUAAAUUUGGAAAUGUACCAAAGACUACUUCUGGGAAAAUACAAAGAUGGCUUGCUAAGUAUAAAUUUGAGAAGUCACAAAUGAAUAUCAUAAUGCAAAUGAAGUUUGAUAAUAAUGGUUAUAUUCAAAGCACAAUGCAAAAAAUGAUACAAAUUGGGAAAAAAGAGGCUAAAAAGGGAAAAAAAGUGCUAGUUGUUGAAGAAGAAGAAGGGCUAUUUUUUGCUCCAACAAAUAAGACUCUGAAAUCUUCUCUUUAAUAAAUUUAAUCAGAGGGUUAGUUCAGAAACUCUCUGAACUUUUAUGUGUCAUUUGGUACGUGAAGUAAGGUGAGAUAUUUCAGGAUUAAGUUUGAGAUUAAAUUUAUACUAUCAAUCAGAUACAUUUUAAAUCUAAUUUCAAACUUUAUCCUGAAUAUCCACUUUAUUAUCCCAUGAGAUAAAUUGAUCCAAAAAUAAUUUAGUCUUUAUU